GUUAAGCUGUAGAAACAUCUCAAGGAUGAUCACUGGUAUGAAUAAUUUCGUACAUGUGAUUUAUUUUUUAUUUUUAAUAAAUUUGUAAAAAUAUUUUUUUAACAUUGUCAUUAUGGGGUAUUGCCUGUACACUUUUGAGGGGAGAAAAUAUAUAUAUCGCUGUGCAGUGAAACGAUGUACUUGAACCUGCUGACUAAUUUAACUCUCAGGUCUGUUUAGAUGUGCAGUAUAUAUGGACAAACUGUUUAAUCUACGAGGUGACAAAGUGCAUACUAUAUUUUCAUUGAUUUCAUGCAUUUGAAAUGCGAAACUGACCUGUUUGUUCUGCAUGUUUUAUGACAAAGAUGGACCAUUCUCUCGAUUUCCCAAACACAGAGUUUAUUAGCAUUUGUGUUCAGGAUCCAAGGCUUCAUAAAAGUGGAUUCUGGCACACGCGUGUGGACUAUGAGAUCUGUUUACGAACCAAUUCAAUGUGUUUUCGAAAGAAGAGCUCAUCUGUGAGGCGGCAGUACAGCGAGUUUGUGUGGCUGCGUCAGUGUCUGGCACAGAAUGCUCUCAUGAUAGACUUGCCUAAGUUGCCCCCCUGGAACCCAUUUUUCAGCCUGAAGAAUGCAGAACAGGUCAAUCGGCGGAUGCAGGGUCUGCAGCAUUUCUUGGAAAUUGUUCUUCAAAUGCCAUUGUUGUUAUCAGACAGUCGACUUCAUCUCUUCCUCCAGUCUGACCUCAGCAUCCCCAAGAUGGAGAGGUGUGCACAGGGUAAAACCAGGUACACUAUAGCUGAGGCAGUACAUCGUGCCGGCCGAGGUUCCAUCAGUGGUCUAGAAUGCAAAACCUCACAAGAGUUUGAUUGUGAAAGCAUUUCGUCAUCGGGUUUGGGGAUGAGCGUGGACACGUUUCUGCGUAGUAGCCCCGUCCCGUUCUUGGAGUCAUCUGGAGAUGCAGAAUUGAGUAGCUGCCUCUUAGAAUCUCCUUCCAAAGAUGCAGCACAUUAACUCUUGACCAAAAAAAAGUGGUACUUUGUUCAUCAAUUGUUGUUCCUUUUGUACACUGUACUUAACGACACUUUUCUUAAUUCACGUCUGAGAGCAAAUUUUUAAGAUUUGUUAGCUACUUAUUUUUAACAAAAAGCUUUAGUUUUCUCUUGUACUCAGUACAAGAGUUUAUCUGUGUACUUGAAAAAUCUAUUUUUAAUGUAAAUGUGUAGUAAAUUCUUAAUGCUUUCUAAACAUUUAUAUUCUGUGCAACUGACAAGAGAUGUUUGAAAUU